UGAAAUUCCCCAUCGGAUGCCAAACUGGUUAAAAUUCGUAGUAAGAUCCUGUCUCCGCGCGGUUCCGACUGAUUUUCUUCUAUUCCCACUCUACCUCUCUCUGCAUCUUAUGACAUAGACACAUAUUCAUUCUUUUAUUAGAUUAUUAUAUAAAUAAAAACUGCUCUUUAUUGAAGUCGGUCGGUCGCUGUGUGGUAAGAGAGAGAGAGAGAGAGAGAGAGAGAGAAGAGCUAAUUUGGAUUUGGGAUAGUGGAUUUUGGGUAUUCGAUUGAUUGAUUGGUUGGUCGAUGGCUGCGAGCUCAAACCCUCCAGGGAACAACAACCAAGAGGGUUCGGGUAAUGGAAAUGGCGCCACCAAUAACGGCAGUUCAGUACUCCACGACAACGCUGUCGUGGGUCCCACCCAGGCGGCUCUCCGCCACAACCCUGGUCUCGCCGUCGAAUGGACUUCCGACGAGCAGUCCCUCUUGGAGGACUUGCUCACCAAAUUUGGCUCAGAACGCAACAUUGUUCGGUAUGCAAAAAUUGCAAUGCAGCUAAAAGAUAAGACAGUUCGAGAUGUAGCACUCCGCUGUAGAUGGUUGUCCAAAAAGGAAAAUGGCAAACGAAGGAAGGAUGAUCAUAAUUCGUCAAGGAAAAGCAAGGACAAAAAGGAAAAAGUUACAGAUUCUAUGGCAAAGUCAGUGUCUCAUGCUGUAAACCGAUCAAAUGGUCCUCCAUAUGCUCAACCAGUGAUCUCUGUGGAUAGUGAUGAUGGGAUCCCGUACAAAGUCAUUGGUGGUGUGACUGGACAGCUUCUUGAGCAAAAUGCCCAGGCUUUGGAUCAAAUUUCUGCAAAUUUUACAGCUUUUACGAUACAUGAGAACAUCAAUCUGUUUUGCCAAGCUCGAAAUAAUAUCCUCACAAUCUUGAACGACUUGAAUGACAUGCCGGAAAUUAUGAAGCAGAUGCCACCACUUCCAGUGAAUCUGAAUGAAGAUCUUGCCAACUCCAUCCUUGGUUGGUCAUCCUUGCAGAAGAAUUCAUGAUCCUCCUUUCUAUGUGGGUUAAUCUAAUAAUGCUUCCAACACUUCCACUUGAGUUGGGAUCUUUUGUUGUAACAUGAAAGUAGAAUAAACUGGUUAAUUAGGUAUGAGUUCAUUUUUCAGUUUGAAAAUGCAAAUUGAAGUGAUUAGUAUUUUCUGUAUUUUAGAUGAUUAUGGUAUUGUUUUAGUCCUUCAUUGUCUUUCUUUGUUUUGUGUUUUCUUGUUUUACUAUGAUCGAAUUCUAGGAAGUAGUUUGUUUAGUAUGUGAAUAGUACUAGUUGUGUAAGCAUAAUUCUUCUUGACUCUGUAAAUGAUUUGAAGGAAAAAUCAGUAAAUCUUAGGUUUGCUGUUUCAA